GUUGCUGUCCUUCACAUUCUCUCUCUCUCCUCUCUCAAAAACACAAGUCCUCCAAGUCCACAAUCCCAACACCACCACCACCACCACCACCCCUCACCAGUGUCUUCCAGAAUAAUACACAUAUACAUAUACCUAUACGUAUUCGUAUAUAUAUACAUAUACAUAUACAAGUGUAUGUUCAACUCAUUCAUUCACAAGUUUUCAACUUUAAAAAACUCCGAGAUUAGGGUUUGUUGAGAGAAUUUGAUUCUUGUUUUGUGAUGCUUCAAAGGACACCGCCAUUGAAUCGAUCUCAGAGCACCCAAACCCAACAAUGUACGCUCACUCUCAAUCCCUAAACGUUCCCAACCACUUCACCACCGCCGACCAAGACCCCUCACCCUGCGCCGGCGGCGGAGGAGGAGAGUCCGCCGCCGACAAUCCACACGUUUCCUACGAAACUCACUCUCUCAACGACGGUGUCGGCAUUGACGACGUCCACAUCGUGCCCUCCGACGUUGUCUAUGCCGACGGAGCCUCCGAUUUGCCUUUGCAACGUACCGACUGUUCCAACCAGCUCACGCUCUCCUUCCGCGGCCAGGUCUUUGUGUUCGACGAUGUUACCACUGAUAAGGUUCAGGCAGUGUUAUUGCUUUUGGGGGCAUCUGAACUUUCUUCUACCAUGCAAGGCGGAGAAUUACCGUAUGAGAAUCAGAGGGAAUCGAUGGAGUAUCCUGUAAGAUGUAGUCUGCCACAGAGAGCUGCCUCCCUAAGUAGGUUCCGACAAAAGAGAAAAGAACGAUGCUUUGAUAAGAAAAUUAGAUAUAAUGUCCGCCAAGAAGUUGCACUCAGGAUGCAACGUAAGAAGGGCCAGUUCACUUCUGCCAAGAAGUGUGAGGAGUCUGCUAGCUACAAUACUGGUGAGGAUUCAGGACAAGAUGAUAGCCCACCAGAAACUAUAUGCACUCAUUGUGGCACUAGUUCAAAGUCCACUCCAAUGAUGCGCCGGGGGCCAGAUGGUCCAAGGACACUUUGCAAUGCAUGUGGGCUGUUCUGGGCAAAUAAGGGGGCCAUGAGGGAUCUUUCGAAGAAAAUGCAUGAUUUUGCUCCAGCUCCAACAGAACAGCGUGAAGAUGUAGCUUAUAAUUCUGACUACGGAACCCCCAUCCACACUCAUUGAUCUUCUUCCUUUCUCCAGUGGUGAUGAUAACUCAGCUUUAGCACCUGAGCGGUAAGCUAUUACACAAAGGCAGUCUGGCGAUGAUUGGAACAUAGAAGGCUUUCUUUAAAACUACUUCUGGCGUUUAUUUGUACAGAUAAGUCUUAAUCAGUACACUGAGGUCAUUUUCUUUUUACUUUUGUACUUUGCAUGAGAUUACCUCGAGAGAUUAUUACUUAGAUAUCACACAAUAUUUCUGGAGUGUCUCGACAGUUUUAGCUAUCUUCCGAAACACACAGUUCAUCUAGAUUUUAUAGUCUUUUCAA